AUGCAGAACACCACCAAGUGCUUUAACUGUGGUGGAAAUGGUCACUUCUCUAGAGAGUGCCCGAGCAAGAACGUGGGGACGGGUUCAAGGCCGAACAACCAAGGAUUUCGUCCGCAAACGAGGGCACCACCGGCGGGACCAAGGAUAAAUCGUGAUCAACCCCCGCGACAACAACAACCUCACCGUCCGAGACUACCCUCCCAGGCUAGAGCAUAUGCGCUGAGUUAUAGACAACCCAAGACUGAACAAGGGAAUCACGAGAGUGGAAAUUUGGCAGGUAUGGGCGAACUCCUCGAUACACCUAUUGUUGUGUUGUUUGAUACGGGUGCAUCGCAUUCUUUCAUAUCAGAACUAUGUGUGGACACAUUAAGUUUGCCUGCUUAUAAAUCUGAACAUAAGAUGAUGGUGACCUCACCAGUGGAAUGGGUAGUAGAGAUUUCACGGACAUGCUCGAACGUAGAAAUUUCCAUGGGAGAACUUAGGCUAGUCGCGCACAACCUACGAGUUAUGGCCAUGAAGGAUGUCGAUGUGAUCUUAUGA